GAUUUCACAGUGCCAACCGCUUGCAACAUGCUAUUACCCGCUGUAAGACGUCGCAUUGGCGUCCCACAGCUGCCUGGCGCUCGUCGCCGAGCUCUUCCUCCUCGCCGCAGCUUGAUCCCCGCUCCGCGCUCCAACUCAGGUCCUCUCAUGGAGCGCCGAGCUGAUCGAGAGUUGCCGUCCGUCAAUGGCGAGCGCCGCUGGCUACGCACGCUGCCACUUUUCGCGGUUGUCGUGGGUGCAGCCAUGCUAGGUAUAUUCAACUAUCAAAAGUCAUCCUCAAGUGUGGUCAGCAGUACUCUGUAUGCGCUACGGAUUUCACCGCGGGCUCGGGAGAUUCUCGGUGAUGAGAUUUACUUUGCCCAGAAAAUCCCCUGGAUCAGCGGUGAAAUGAAUCAGUUACAUGGUCGCAUCGACAUUUCGUUCUGGGUCAAGGGAACUAGAGGCAAGGGCAAGAUGAGGUUCCGGAGUAUCAGACCCAACCGGAUGAGUUAUUUCCGUACGGAAGAAUGGAGCCUCGAAACAGAAGAUGGAACAGUGGUUCAGCUCCUCGACAGCGACAGUGACCCGUUCCGGCAGAGCAAUUAAGGACAAUGCUCACAUUUUCGCGGAGCACAUCAAGUUCCAAAUGUGGUGCAAAGAUGCCUGGAGAUAUGUGUUUGUAGAUAGACAACGCCCCAACUGCACCAUGCAGGGGCUUUCGGUCGUUGAAGAGCCUCUGUCAUUUUACUUAUCCUGGCAUAUAGACACAAAGUGUGGCCGGACUGACAUGGAAAGCAAGUCUGAGGAGAUGAAAAGAGAUCUGAUCUGACCAAAGGAUAUCAUUUACAUGUCAAAUAAGAACGUCGCUCUAUGGAGGGAAAUAAUAUGAUGUUACAAUCCAUCUCACAGGACGGAAAAACGGUGUGAGGCAGCUUGAGAA